AUGCCUGGCGUCGCUAAAGAGGCCGUCGUGCCCAUCGAGGCCGUGCUUUUCGGGGUAGCAUCGGUCCUUGUUCUUGCGCGAUUGACCCUUCGAACCGUUCGUCAACGACAGAGCCUCACUGUCAGUGACUGGUUUCUCAUAGCAUCAUGGUUUGAUGCCGCUGCUCUCUUUGGAACCGACACAGCUGCGUAUAACUUGGGGGGAAUGGACGAGUACGAUCCCGAAGCGCCACCACGGAGUAUUGAAGACCAAGUCGCUUUGGCAAAGAUUUCAUUUGCUGGGAACUAUUUCUACGAUACUGGAAUCUAUCUACCGAAAUUGGCUUUGCUGGCGCUUUACUUCAAGCUUAUUCCACAGACACUCCCAUUGUUGCGCAAGGCGCUCUAUGCAAGCACGGUAUUGACCGGACUCUUUAUGAUAACGACUUGUUUCCUAGAUACCUUCUGGUGCGGUGCUAAUGUCUCGGUUAACUGGGAUCCGGAGGGUGACUGCAGCACGUUUGCGUCGAAGAUGGUCUUUCGCAUUGACUGGGGAAUGAACCUCGUCUCAGACAUUUUGGUCUUUCUUCUACCUUUUCCUCUUCUAUUCGGCCUUCAACUUAGUCGACGCUACAUGGCAGGUCUUGUUGCCAUAUUUGCAUCGGGGAUUAUCACAGUAGGAGCAAGUAUUGGCAGGUUUGUCACCAUUGACACAAUUCACGCAUGGACGAAUGUCUAUGUAUUGUCAAUGACUGAGCUAGCGGCUGCCAUCGUCGUGGUGUCUCUGCCUGCACUCAAGUCUCUCCUCCACGGCUUCGGUCUACGCUCCACAAAACAGGGAACAACACAAUCGGGUUCCGGAUAUCACAAGCAUCCAGCGACGGUUACAUCGUCGAAUCAUUUCAACAAGCUUUCUAGCGGGCGGGAUCACCAUUCUGAGCCUUAUGGGACCACUGCCCGCAUAGCGGCGGUACCUGAGGAAGACUCGGGUAGUGAAGUGGAGUUGACGAAUCUCCAAGGGAUCUACAAGUCGGCCCGCGAGUUCUCAGGGAACUACCCGGAUAUAACGGAAAGCGAUUUGCCAUUCUUCAAGAUUAUGCACUUGUAA